UAGUAGGUGACAGUUUAGCUAAAUUGUUCCCUAACUUUGGCUACAAAAUUGGGGGAUGGAGAAUAGAAGGAAGCAAGGCAUUUGUUAUUUUAUCCGCCAUGGUUGUUCUCCCUACUACUUGGCUAAAAAGCUUGGGGAGAUUGGCCUAUGUGUCAGUAACCGGUGUUUUUGCUUGUGUGGUGGUGAUGGGUGCAGUUAUAUGGGUUGGCCUAUGUGGUGGGGUUGGGAUUCAUGAGAAAGGAAGCCCUCUAAAUUUAAGUGGCAUACCAGUGGCAGCUAGCAUUUAUGCUUUGUGUUUCACUGGGCAUGGUGUACUCCCUACCAUCAUUGGGUCAAUGAAAGAUAGGAGCAAGGGUUCAAAGGUACUGACCUUUUCCUUCAUCACUUGUGUCGUGGCUUAUGCACUGAUGUCGAUAUUCAGUUACCUAAUGUUUGGGGACCAAAUAAAAUCGCAAAUUACUCUAAAUCUCCCUGUUAAAUAUUUUAGUUCCAAGAUUGCAAUUUAUGUUGUUGUUAUACUUCCAUUAUCAAAAUAUGCACUAGCCAUGGCUCCUGUCACAGCUGCCAUCGAAGAGAUAUUUCCUCUUUGCAAGAAGUGUGCAGUGAGUCUAUCAUUGAGGACGAUGAUGGUGGCUAUCACAGUCAUAGUUGCUCUAAUAUUUCCAUUUUUUGGGUCCAUGAUGGCGUUUAUUGGAUCAUUUCUUGGCAGCACCAUUGCUCUAAUUCUACCAUGUAUUUGUUACCUGAAGAUCUUUGAGGGCACAAAGAGUGGCAGAAUAGAGAAAGUUAUAGUGAUGGGGAUUUUAAUGAUAGGUUUUUCUAUUGCAACUCUUGGGACGUAUUUCAAUGUCAAGCGCAUUAUGCAACAAAUGUAAAUUCUUGAUGUGAUAAUUCAUGUGAUGUUGAUAA